UAAACCUGGCGGAAAUAAUCUUAAUCGAUAUUAAACACGUAACUUGCUAGCUAGCGAACAAUCCUGAACCAGGCCCGGCUAGUAGCGUCAAAAACAAAGUACCAGUACGAAGCUUCCGGUCACAUACUUCAAAAUAAAACUCUUCUUGUCUAUUUCAGUGAAGUAUUUUACAAAAGGGUCAGCUUGUUGUUUCGUAUAUAAAAUAUCACUACCAUUUGUUUACUGUGAUUGUUACUUACGUGAAAAGAAUUCCAAACAUAUAUUAAUGUUGUCGCUGUCAUUUGUGGUUUAGAGUUAAUUUUUGAAAGCUGGCUAUGUGUUUCCGCAUCCUUUUUGGUAUUGAAUGUUGCGGCUUGGACAAGCGUAGCUAACUAGCAAGCCUUAUAGCCGACUAGCAAUGAGUGUUAGCCUAACCCACUUAACAUUAACAACGCACCCAGGCUGUUCACACAUGGAACCAAUGGUUUCUACCUGCCGUUCUGUCCUCCGGGUUCAGCAGCUACUCUAUGUAAGAUGAACACUGAGGACAAGUUGGAGGGCAUGCUGUUUAAAUGCAGCAGCGGAGGGAUGGACGGCGGCGGGCGAGUGGGGUUGGGCGGCGCAGGCGGACUGGUGGUGAUGACGCUCGGUGAGCGAUCGCUGGCGGACCACCCGCUGUUGGCGGAAGAUGACGAGGAGGAAGACGAAGAGGAGGAUUUGACCGUGAGUUCUUUGGUGACUCACGACCUGGUACCUCCCGAGCAGCUGAUGAUGCAGGAGAUGUCAAAAAACAGCGGCGGAGGGGAUGAGGAGGGAGCGGGUGAGGUGGGAGUGCACUUCCCCCUGAAGCUCACCCAUAAGUUGCCUUGCUUGCCUCUCAACAUUAAGCAAGAACUAAAGCUGACUGAUUCACCAGUCCAGAUCAAGAAGGACAAGAAAUCAGUCAAAGAUCUGAUCAUUUGUCCCAAGAAGAAAAAAAGGAAACAACAUUCACCAGCAAAGAUCCUCAGCAUUAAUGACGAUGGUUCGUUUGGCAUCCAAAACCCCAAGUGCCAUGUUUGCGUCCACUGCAAUGCCGCAUUCAGAACCAACUACCAUCUACAGAGGCACGUCUUCAUCCACACUGGUGAGAAACCGUUUCAGUGCAGCCAGUGUGACAUGCGCUUCAUUCAGAAAUACCUUCUCCAGAGACACGAGAAAAUCCACACCGGUGAGAAGCCUUUCCGCUGCGAUGAGUGUGGUAUGAAGUUCAUCCAGAAGUAUCACAUGGAGAGACACAAGAGGACACACAGUGGAGAGAAGCCAUACCAGUGUGACUACUGUCACCAGUACUUCUCCAGAACUGACCGUGUUUUAAAGCACAGAAGAAUGUGCCAUGAAAACCGAGACAGGAAGACCAACAAGGCUGGAAAUAAAAGUGUAGUGCUACACGAAGCCGAUUCUUUAAGCCCCUUCCUCACCAAAGAGUGCGUGUUGCCUAAGAAGAAGCGCCAAAAGUGUGCGGACAAGUCAGACAGUCCGGCCUCUUCCGCCGCCGCCGCCCAAACAGAAGGGCUCCCUGCCGCCGUGAAAGAAACUGCAAUGAAAGAAGAACUGACAAAAAAGUGCGAAGUCCUGCCUCUUUUUGCAGUGUCCUCCAAAGUCAAACACGAGUACGUGAUCGGAGAAUACUCUGUGGAGCUUCCAGAAGAAUCAACCAGCCAGCACCAGGAUGGAGACUUGUCAUCAGAGGAGGCAGCAACGCCUAAACUUGUCCUGAAGAAGAUCUCCAAGAGGAGCCUCAAGCAGUCUGGUGAACCGGCUCCUUGCCUCGCUACUCUGUCCUCAUUUGAGGACAACAACAAAGUCACGCAUUACACUUUUGAAAUUGUUGACAAGCAAGGCCUUUUAGACGAAGUCAGCAACACCGAAUCAGUCGAAACUCCAGCGAAACCAGCGGCCAGCAGCACAAACUAUGACGACGCCAUGCAGUUCCUCAAGAAGAAACGCUAUCUCCAAGCCGCGACGGCGAACAACAGUCGGGAUUACAGCCUGAACACGAGUAACAUCUCCUCCCAGCCAAGCGUUACUCACACUGUGGUGUCUGCAGUCAUUGACGAAACGGUUCCUGCAACCAUUCUGGAACCUCAGCCUAUUAACACGGAGAUAAAAGCGACACCUGACAGGAAUGUGUUGCCAGAUGAAGUUCUUCAGACGCUGUUGGACCACUAUUCCAACAAAGCAAAUGGCCAGUCAGACAUUUCCUUCAGCGUAGCAGAUGCAGAAGUUACGUCAAGCAUAUCUAUUAAUUCCUCUGAAGUUUCGGACAGUAGUCCUUCUGAGAGCCUUGCAGCUGCCAGUUCCCAAACUCAGCCCCCGACGGAGAAGUCCAGUCUCUUGCAAGAAUAUUCCAAAUUUCUCCAGCAAGCGCUGGAACGGACCAGCCAGAAUGACAGCUACCUAACAAGCCAGAGCCUCAGUUUAGUCACAGAAAACCCCACCUUAGCUGGACAGCCUCUGUUCUCCACCGAGAAACAGUUUCCUUCCCCUAGUAGGUUCAAAUCAGGGACAAGCUCCCCAUUAAGAUCCAUGAUAGAGAAACCUCACUUUGGACUACUGGUCGGGGACUCCCAGCACUCGUUUUCGUUUUCAGGUGAUGAGACCACCCCGCCUUCGACAGUGUCCCCUUCUGAGGAGGACUUCCUGGAACAGGUCUCGACUUCCAAAAAGACGGACUCCUCUCAAGGGAUACUGCAGGCGUUUCAAAUAGGCACAUUUGAUCCAAACUUCAAAUCCCACUUCCAGACCUCAAGAUCCGGUUCCUCGUCACAGUUUACAGGUGCCAACGGACAAGCGAGUCUUCGCGGACACAACACAGACUUCUCCGAGUUUCCUUUAGUUCGAGUCACUGAGACCAGGUCCCAAUUGAAUUCCUCCCCAGACGUUUCCUCGAGUGAAACCUUUGGUUGAGACGACUACUCUGGGAUUCGUUUGUUAAUCAUUUCUGCAGCACUUUAUCCCAUUUCACCCGUUUUGCCAAAACACCUCCACAGUUUUGUUGUUGUUGUUGUAUUUAAGCUAUUUUGAAAAUAAUACAUUGGAAAAUUGGCAUUCCCCCAAUUUGAAAAAAAUUGCAUUGAGAGAUUAAGUGACCCAGCUAAAUAUAUAUAAGGAAAACGAGAGUAACAUUUUAUGCCAUAUUGGUAUACAACAUAUUUAUGUUUUUGUAAAUCCCUUUUGCAUACACACACACAAACACACACAUAGAAAACACUCUUGCUUUUUGCUGUUCGCUACCUCUCUUAGUUAUCCAUUUGACAAAAAUUGAAGUGCAAAAAUUCGUUUGAUUCCCGAUGUUGAAUCUCUCUUUAGUUGCCUCCGGGGAUGACGUCAUAAUAUGAAAAUGUAUAUGAUUUAGUUUAUAUUUUGCCACUUUACUGUUGCCUGAAAAGCAUGCGUCAUCACGGUGUAUUUUGGUGGAUCUGGAAUCUUGGCCAUUAACAGGACUUUUAAAUUUUUUUUCUUAUUGCCAAAUAUAAGGUUGAAUUAAAUCUUUAAAAGAUUACAGCAGCCCCCCCCCCCCUCCUUAAGCCCACCAUAAAUGGUCGCCACACUUGCGUAAAAAGUGAAAUGUAGUGAAAUGACUUAAAAGGAUUGUGCUUGAUGUUUGCACAAUUUGCACAUUUUUUUCACUACAAAGAGAAUGUAGUACUUUGAAUCACACGGUGUGGGAAUACCUGUAAAGGAGCAGGUUUUGGUGACCCCCAUCCUCUGAUAUGAUUUCAAAUGGGGAGUUUUUAGUCAUAGCACUUAUGGCUGCAACUUCAGUUCCUCCAUUCAUUUGAUUGGAUGGAGGAUGCAGACAUUUAGGGGGAAGUAACCAUGUGAUGGAAAAACACCCCCUUCCCCAUGUUGAGGUUAUACAUUCUUUUAACUUUCAUGUUGUGUAAUAUUAAGUAUAUAUAAUAUACAAGUACAGUCAGCUGUUGGCUGAAUUGUAAGGUCAAUCAUCUCUUGUGUAGAAACUUAAAUUUGACCAUAGCUUGAUGCAACCGUGAUUGUAAAUCAAUUGGUUGAGCAAGUUUUCCUCUAUACAGUGGAACCUGCAUUUUCAUUAGUCCAUUCCAACAAUUAAUUGAUGAUAACUCGAUUGUCUAUUUAAUUAACAACUGUUGCGGUAACAGUGAUCAGCAUUUUGGCCACUGUUAACGCUUGGUUCAUAUUUAUUUGGUCGGUAUGGGGGCCUAACCAAUUACUCGAAUAAUCAAAAUAAGCUUCAUAUCGAUAAAGCAAAUAGUCUUUAAAUGCAGACCUUAUAGUGCCCGAGCUAGAGUUGCAACAAUCGAUGAUUAAUCGAUUAUCUAAUGAAUCGACAACUAUUUUGGUAUUUGAUUAAUUGUUUUUAUUUUAAAAUGUAAAUAUUUGUGCCUCUCAAAUGUGAAUAUUUGUUAAUUUCUUUAGUCAUCCAUGGAAGCAGCACACAUAAUACAUUUGUGUCAGCUUUUUUUGUGCCCCUUUUCUGAUAUGUUGCAAACCAGACCACUGUUUGUGUUUGGUUUAUUUGAUUUAAUUGUCAUUUUAGGGCCUAAUCCAUUGCUCCAUUAGUCAAAGUAACACAAAUUCAAAUUAAUCAACUAUGAAAAUACACCUGAGUUCCAGCCCUGGUCCAAACUCUAAAAGAAACCACUAUCCAUUUUUCACAGAAACUGAGUCACCAGCGCAUUGUUUCUUGGUUUGGACACAAUAACCAAGACUGUAUACGAAAACUCGGGUUCCACUGUAUAUCUUAAUUGUGGUAAAAAGUGACGCUUAAGGUGCUACUGUGUGAAACACUGGCCUUACAUGUCAUCAUAUUAAGUUCCACUGGCAAUCAGGGACAGACGGCACCAACAAUAAAUCAUCAAUAGUGUACAUUCCCUUAAUAUAUGUAUAUCCUGUAAAUACAUUGUAUAUUUUUCAGUUUGGAUUAGUACUCUCACAGCGACGCGUUACCGCAGACGGCUUGUGCAAGACUGUUGUUUCUUUUUAGAGGCAUAUUUUCUUUUGGAACAUUUGUUAGAUGAAAGGAUGCAUUGGUUUCCUUAUGAGAUUUGUGUAUAUAUAGGCUGUCAUCAGUGAUAUCAAGAGGAAAACCUUUCAUUAUUGUGUGUUGCCGACAAGGUUAAGUCAAAUGGAUUUAAAUUCAUGUAAUUUAAUGCAGUGAAGCGUACAUUUUCAUGGGUUUUUACUGUACAAAUCAAUGAAAAAAAUUGCGGUCCUAAUGCCCAAUUUAAUUGUAAGCACAGUGGACAUGAGUCAUUUGUGUACUUCAUCAGUUGAGGGUUUGAAAGCCUUUCAAGCAAUUCAAAACACAAGAGUUGUUACAGUUUCAUGAAUUAAAACUGCAGCAAUGUUUUUUUUUCCCCCUUUUUUGGCCAUAAGUGUCCUUGUAUAAGCUAGAGAAAAAAAAAUCAGUUCUGUAUGAAAAGAUAUGGAGUAUGUCUUUUUAAAUAAAAAAAAACAAAAAUAAUAUUUUUGAAACCUGUCAUUUAAGGCACUGGUAUAUAUGGUCUAUCAUAUGCACUUGUUAUUGCUACACUUAUUUGUCGCUGUAGAAGUGGUUUCUGUCAACUUCUUUGAAUGUGAAUCUCUGACCUUUUAAAAAAAAAAUGGCAUCUUCUCACUUUAAGUAAGUUAAGAUGGAGGAUUUAGCGCGUCAUUGUGGGAAUUGAAAAGGUUUAUUGCAUGGGCUCCUCUCAAAAGUUGUUGGGUUAAGUGAACUAGUUUGAUGAAUGACGUGAAGCUUUAAUUGUAGCUGAUGAAUCAGUCUGAUAACUCCCAUACUGUUCGAUUUUUGCAAUAUAUAAUGAUUUGUAAACAAAAUGAUUCAGUUGUUCUCUUGAUUGUUGUCAUGUCCAUAUGAAUAAAAUGUUUCCCAAAAAAGAU